AUGGCCUCUGUCUCGGCGGUCGCCUGCAGCUCCUCUGCCCUCCUCCUGCAUGACGAUGAGGUGACCGUCACGGAGGAGGAGAUCAAGGCCCGCGUUAAAGCAGCAGGUGUGCAUGUUCAGCCAUUCUGGCCACGCGUGUUUGCAAAGGCUCUGGCCCGUGUCCACAUGGGGAGCCUCAUCUGCAAUGUGGGGGCUGGUGGCCCUGCCCCAGCAGCUGACACUGCACCAGCAGGAAGUCCUGCCCCAGCCCCCACUGCUGCCCCAGCUGAGGAGAAGAAAGUAGAAGCGAAGAAGGAAGAAUCUGAGGAGGCUGAUGAUGACAGGGGCUUUGGAGGGCUGUCUGGUGCCUGUGCACAUCCAAUAGCCAAGUUCCGCAUCUCUUUUCUCUCAAGUUCCCAGGGCAUGGCCAAUACUCAAAACAUCCAGUCUAUUCUCCAGUAUUCGGGCAACCACAUGGGUGUGCAGGCCUCUCCCACAAGCUGA